AUGCCUCCCGUCCGGCUCCGGCACGUCCACCUCCCCGCGUCACCAUCACAGGGCAUCUUCCCGAGCUACCAGACAGCAGCCGCCCUGCAAGAGCUGCUGCGACGGCGCCAGCUGGACUACCAGGAUGCCGAGUCAUCGUCACCGUCGAGCAAGGGGCUCACUCCGCCUCACCCAACCCUCAUCUCCUUCACCCCGCAGCCCACAUACACGCUCGGCCGACGACAAGCCCAGACACAUACAAACUCGUCAUCACCGGCGCCGUCCUCCCUGUCACCAGCAGAGAUAUCACGCCUCAAGGCGCCCCUCCACGUCCGGUCAUCCUCCGCGCACUCACAGCACACCCAGGGCCUGGCGCCCACCAGCGGAGAGAAGAACGCCGCCGAUCCGCCAAGCACCGAGCACAUCUUCCACCCCUCGGUGCUGACGUCGCCCCGCGGCGGCCUGGCAACCUACCACGGGCCGGGCCAGGUGGUGCUGUGGCCCGUCAUGGUGAUCAACUCGUCGACCAGGGCCCUCGGCCACAAGCACUUCACCGUGCGCUGCUACUCGCGCCUGCUGGAGCGCACCACCAUCUCGCUCCUGCGCCGGCUCUUCGGGCUGGCUGGUUUCACCACCGGCGACCCGGGAGUGUGGGUCAGGACGCCACCAGCGCCGGGGGGCAUGGCAAGGGGCGCAGAUGGCGACGGCGAGGUGCGCAAGAUCUCCGCCCUGGGCAUCCACCUCCGCCGCCACGUCAGCAGCCUCGGCGCCGCGCUCAACCUGGACAUGCCCACCACGCGCGCCGCAGGCUCCACCAUGCAGCACCGCGGGGAGGCAGAGACGGACGAGGCGACCAACCCCUGGGCGCGGUUCGUCGCGUGCGGGAUCGCGGGCAAGGGCGUGACCUGCGUCCAGGAGGAGCUGCUCGCGGCCGGGGGCACGGGGGUCCCGGGGCUGGACUCGGAGGUCGUGGCCCGGGCGUGGGCGGAGGAGCUCGCCGGGGGGGUGGGGCUUGACCCGCGCGGUGUGGAGCUUGUGGGGAGGGACGAGGCCGACGAGCUCGUCGCCGCGGCCCGACGGGACGGUCACGUCGAUGCUGCAAGGGGGCACGAGCUGUGA